AUGGGCUCCUCCACCUCGCUCCGCGCCAUCACCCACCGUCUGACAACGACCCCAGUCCAGGACCUCCCGCAUGUGGCUCCAUACGUCGCGGCGUCGCUCAGCGACUGCAGUGAUAUAAUCUCCGCGCCGCAAGCCAAAAAGACUGCCAAUUCGGACGACAACGAUGCUCUGCUCGUUAACAAACUCAAGGCCCGCGUGACGAGCCUGGUGCAGGACCGCACUCCUGAGGGCAGAUGGACUGGAGUCGUUUUGGUCAAGGCGACGAUAGAAGCUGGCCAAUGGGAAAUUCUACACGAGUGUGCUCCUUGGGUUCGCGGGCUGUUGUCGAUUCUCUCUAAAUACGACCCGAUAUCGACAAAACGGCUGUCCAUUAUAACCUUGACUCGCAUUUUCCAUUUGACAUAUCAAUAUCCAACAUUGGUUCGAGAAAUAACAACCCCGAGUUUGCCGAACUUUGUCACGGCUCUGCUGAAUCUAGUCUCCGUGAAGCAACCGAACGGAGAGCAGUCGCUGUCAAAAGCGCCACUUCUUCUGGAAACCGUUCUAUCAGCAUUCACAGAACUCAUCAGUCGGCACCCGACGAUAUUCCGCCCCUUCUCCAACCAGCUACAAAACUUGUUGUUGCAAAUUGUGGGCUCGUCUAAUCUCAGCUCUUCCCUAUCCUCGGAGACCGUCCACCUCGCGCAAACCCUUUUUGUGUCCUUGCAUCACUGCGCGCCGAAAAACACGUCAAGCGAAAAAUGGACAAAAGACUGUAAGAAUACCAUCACUUCUAUACAUCAAACUGCAGAUCAUAUCUUCCGGAGUGUGGUGGAGCAGUGGGAAUCCUCCAACCCUCAGUUUAAAGCUACCCAAAGCUCGAUAGUUCAAGGCCCGACGCCUGGAGACGAUGGAUCAAACGCUUUAGGUCUCCCGUCAUGGCAAGGGGUCAAUUCAGGUGCGACUAGAGUGGUAACUCUCCUCGGCCUGCUCUCUCGCUUUAUCUCAGGGCGAACACAAUCCGUUGUCAACAUCCCCGUCGGGGCUAUCCUGGAUUUGACAUCUCGACUAACAGCUGUCACUUUUCCCGCGGCUGGUGACGACAACACUCAGGCAAAUCGAGAAUUCAGCCGAGAAGAGCGAGUGGCACUCUGGAACGAAUUGCCGAGGAUCCAUACUGCGUGUAUAGAUCUCUUUCGCGCAACUACCCGAACGCUCGGAUCGAGUCUAAUAUCUGUUGCGCAAUCCAUCCUUGAACAAACAACCUGGAUUUUCGAAGCGGAGUUCUUCAAUAGUCAUCUCCGCACAUCUUGUUAUCUUUUGAUAACUGAGAUCCUACCUUUGGUAGGACCUUCAAUGUCAAAAUCAAAUGUCUUCUCCGUCGCUACUCUGAUCCGAAAAUGCUGCCAUGACCUUAUACCAGCCGAUGAUAACCGAACUUCUAAAGUUCAGCAUUCAGAACCCAAAGCAAAAUCCAAAGGCGCCCAAACUAUGAACGUGGAUGCCUUUCUCAAUCCUGCGCACGGUGUCAGUCAAACGAAAGACCUUGCAUCAACAGAGACGUAUUCAGCAGCCCUGGAACUCCUUCCUCACCUCUACAAUUUCUUGCCAGUUGGAUACAUUCCGUUACCGCUGCGAACAGAGAUGGAUCGAGCUGCUAUAUUGACCGCAAAUCGGGCAGCUAUGAGCUCUAGUGUGAUGAAUCCUAUGCCCCCCGUCAAAGGACGCAGGACGACUCCAAGUAUUCUACCAUUCCUUGCGCGAAGGCAUUCCAAGGAACUAGAAGUUGAGUGUUUGCUUCGGCCACGAAUGCCUGUCAUAGUUGGAAGUGCCGGCGGAGUUUACGAGGCAGAUGACUACGAAGAAGAAGAAGAAGACGACUCGAACCAUGUACCUGUCACUGUUUCCGCUCUCAGCAACGCCCAAGAUGUGCGAUUUGCGGCAACGAAUGAGCCUUCGUCAGAAUCAACUGAGACACACACAGUGCAGUCACGAAAUAAGAACGAUAAUCUCGAUGAAAGCAAUCCCAAACGCCCAAACGAUCUACCUCAGGAACCCCAGUUGGCUAAAAAGGCACGUUUCGAAGAUGGAACUUUCUCAACUACAUUUCGAUCUACUCCCGUAACCCUGUCGGAAGUAAGCUUGUCGCCUGCUGUCGCCCCGUUAGCAUCAGCACCGCCCUUGCCGGCUGUCAGCAGCUCAGUUACAGCUCCUCCGGUUGAGUCUACAGCUUUGUCGGGAGUUGUGGCUAAAGCUCAAAAUGAUGAUGAGGAUAGCGAUGAAGAUAUGCCAACUUUGAAUCUUGAGCCGGACACUGACGACGAUGAUGAAUAG